CUUCAUUAUUCUCUCAAUUAUUGGUACUUAAUACGUUGUCUUCAGCAGAAUAAGAGAACUAUUAAAGACUCAUAGCCUAAGGAAGACUGUGGUAACCUCAAUCUCAAAAUCAAAGAGUAGGUUUGAGUAAAACAUUUUGAGUACUUGGCAAAGAUAGAGUCGCUUCCGUAUAAUAAACGACUUCUAUAUUUAUUGACAUCUUCCUAAUGAGUAUUAAGAGUGAAUAACCAAAAUGUUAAUAAAUCCUCUACCAAAGACCACUGGGAGAACACAUAAGGCUUAGGGAAACUUAUUGGGUAUAUAAUUUACUCCAUAGGCUUUAUAGAACCGAAGCGAGGCUACCAGAUAUUUCACCAUUUUUUUUAAGAAAAACUACUAAGUCCUUUUGAAUUAGAGAGGAUUUGAAAUCUUUAGUUUGGAUUCAAAGCAUUUGUAAGGCAUAAGAGAUAUAUUUAAGGCCUAUACUUUAUGGAACUCAUACAUUUAUGACCCUCUUGGUGACACGAAGUUUUAAAUUCACUGUUUGGAAGGUAAGAAAUAUUAUGAUUAUAAAGUCUUUUACAAGAAAGAAAGUGUUUACUCUUGUUGAUGCUUGUCUCGCUUUAAAGCAGACUCAAGACAUUUGAAAAUUGACAAAUCUAAUAAAUUUGUCCAGACCAAUAUGAUUUAGAUAG